CAGGGAAAUUUCGUUACUAAGGAACGAUGUCGGUUCUCUGAUUCUCUCUCUCUCAAAUAUAUUUCCGCAGUUAAGAGCAGACGAGAAAUAAAAAACUCCAUUUGAUUCUGAUUAGUCAUCUCUGAUUAGAUAUUUUUCAAAUAAAUUUCUUUAAGAGACAAACCCUAGAGGACGCGUCUGCUCAAUCUCAAUUUUGGUAAAAUAUGAAACAAGGAGGUCAGGGUGAAGUUACUGAUACUGACAAGACAAUAUUAACUAUGGAACCUGAGAAAAGCGAGGGCGGUGGAGGUUUAUUGUUUGUUCCUGGAAAGGACAGAGUUGAGUUCAAACCUCCUCAAAGAAAGUCCCUUUUAGGUUUAGAUGCACUUGCAAAUGCAAAACGAAGUGGAUCUGAUACUAAUGGUGUAUUUAAGGUCCCAAAGGAAAGAGUUACUUCUGUUGCGGCAUCUAUUGAUGAAGGAGAGCUUGAUUCUUCUUCUGGAAUCGAUGAAGUAGGAGGGGGUAGUGCAUCUAAUGGUACGCAUAGCAAUCAUGUGAAUAGACGAUAUCGCGAAACAUCUGCUCGUGAUACAAGUCAUGGAGAAAGUACUGUGACGCGAGAAGGAUCAGUUAGUGAUACCCAUGAGAGUCAUCGGUCAAGAGAAAACAAAUCGUCCAAUGACGCUGUUGGCACUACUUGGAGUCCUAGGAGUGGGAGGGAUGACCGCAGCAAUGUGAGAAGAGAUUUUAAGGAUGAUUACAAGAGUGAAAGCAGGAGGGUGAAAUACAGGCACAAUGAUGAUCGUGAAGAGCGGAAUCAAAAAAGGGAAGCACGCAGUUCAUAUGAACGGGAAUAUAGUAGAGAUUAUGGAAGAAAACGAGGUCGAUAUGAGGAUUCACGGUGGACACCAGGCAGAUCAGACUGGGAUGAUGGGAGAUGGGAAUGGGAAGAAACACCUCGCCGCGAUAGUCGCUCAAAUAGCAGUCGGCACAAUCAACCUUCACCUUCCCCAAUGUUUGUUGGGGCCUCACCUGAUGCACGAUUAGUUUCCCCGUGGUUGGGUGGCCAUACUCCUUCCUCUACUGGUUCUGCUGCUUCUCCUUGGGAUCACAUUGCUCCAUCCCCGGUUCCUAUACGAGCCUCUGGAUCUUCAGCCAAGUCUUCUGGUUCUAGACAUGGUGAGAGGUCACAUCAACUUACUUUCUCCUCUACAAGUUCACGACCAUUAGAGGGGGAAAGAGAAGAUAAACCUUAUACAUCCGAGGAACAUCAUCAUGAGAUUACUGAAAACAUGCGCUUGGAGAUGGAAUACAAUUCUGACCGAGCAUGGUAUGACAGAGAAGAAGGAAGCACGAUGUUUGAUGCUGAUAGCUCAUCAUUUUAUCUUGGGGAUGAGGCCUCAUUCCAGAAAAAAGAGGCAGAAUUGGCCAAAAGAUUGGUUAGAAGAGAUGGCUCCAGAAUGACUCUUGCUCAAAGCAAAAGGUUGUCUCAGCUUACUGCUGAUAAUGCUCAAUGGGAGGAUCGACAGCUAUUGAGAUCUGGAGCUGUAAGGGGUACUGAAGUGCAGACUGAGUUUGAUGAUGAGGACGAACGCAAGGUUAUUCUCCUUGUACAUGAUACAAAACCUCCUUUCUUGGAUGGGAGAGUAGUGUUUACUAAACAAGCAGAGCCCAUCAUGCCAAUUAAAGAUCCUACCUCAGACAUGGCCAUUAUUUCACGAAAAGGAUCUGCUCUGGUCAGAGAAAUUCAUGAGAAGCAGAGUAUGAAUAAGUCACGCCAACGCUUUUGGGAGCUUGCUGGCUCUAAACUUGGUGACAUUCUUGGUGUUGAGAAGACAGCUGAACAGAUUGAUGCGGAUACUGCUGUGGUGGGUGAAGAAGGUGAAGUUGAUUUUAAGGAAGAUGCAAAAUUUUCACAGCACUUGAAAAAGGAGGAAGCUGUGAGUGACUUUGCAAAGUCAAAAACCCUUGCUGAGCAGCGGCAAUAUCUGCCUAUAUAUUCAGUACGGGAUGAUUUAUUGCAGGUAGUUCGUGAAAACCAGGUGGUUGUUGUUGUUGGAGAAACUGGUUCAGGAAAGACGACUCAACUGACACAGUAUCUCGAUGAAGAUGGAUAUACAAGAAAUGGCAUAGUCGGUUGCACCCAACCAAGGCGUGUGGCAGCCAUGAGUGUUGCAAAAAGAGUUAGCGAAGAGAUGGAAACUGAAUUGGGGAAUAAAGUUGGUUAUGCCAUUCGUUUUGAGGAUGUGACUGGGCCAAAUACCAUAAUUAAGUAUAUGACUGAUGGAGUGCUUUUGCGUGAAACUCUCAAAGAUUCCGAUCUUGACAAAUAUCGGGUCAUAGUCAUGGAUGAAGCACAUGAAAGAUCGUUAAGCACGGAUGUCUUGUUUGGGAUACUGAAAAAGGUGGUUGCUCAGCGUCGUGAUUUCAAGCUCAUUGUGACAUCUGCAACUCUGAAUGCUGAGAAAUUCUCUAAUUUCUUUGGAAGCGUUCCAAUUUUCCACAUCCCUGGGAGAACAUUCCCAGUGAAUACCUUGUACAGUAAAACUCCUUGUGAAGAUUAUGUUGAAGCUGCAGUGAAGCAAGCCAUGACCAUCCACAUUACCAGUCCUCCAGGUGACAUUCUUAUAUUCAUGACUGGCCAAGAUGAGAUUGAAGCAGCUUGUUAUGCCCUUGCUGAGCGCAUAGAACAACUCAUCUCUUCCACAAAGAAAGCAGUCCCUAAACUCUUGAUACUGCCGAUAUACUCCCAACUUCCAGCUGAUUUGCAAGCAAAGAUAUUCCAGAAAGCUGAAGAUGGGGCGCGUAAAUGCAUUGUUGCCACCAACAUUGCUGAAACAUCUUUGACUGUUGAUGGAAUUUUUUAUGUCAUUGACACUGGGUAUGGUAAAAUGAAAGUUUACAAUCCUAGGAUGGGUAUGGAUGCUCUCCAAGUUUUUCCUGUUAGCCGAGCUGCUGCAGAUCAGCGUGCUGGACGUGCUGGUAGAACUGGCCCUGGCACAUGUUAUAGGCUUUAUACAGAAAGUGCGUACCUAAAUGAAAUGCUGCCCAGUCCAGUGCCGGAGAUUCAGAGGACGAACCUUGGGAAUGUGGUUUUGUUGCUCAAGUCUCUCAAAAUUGACAAUUUGCUAGAUUUUGAUUUCAUGGAUCCACCUCCACAAGAUAACAUCCUUAAUUCGAUGUAUCAGUUGUGGGUCUUGGGUGCGCUUAAUAAUGUUGGAGGCCUAACUGAUCUUGGCUGGAAAAUGGUUGAGUUCCCACUAGAUCCUCCACUGGCUAAGAUGCUCUUGAUGGGCGAGGAACUAGGAUGUCUAAAUGAGGUUUUGACAAUUGUGUCCAUGCUUUCGGUACCAUCAGUCUUUUUCCGGCCCAAAGAUAGGGCAGAAGAGAGUGAUGCGGCAAGGGAAAAGUUUUUUGUUCCUGAAUCUGAUCACUUAACCCUACUUAAUGUUUAUUUGCAAUGGAAAGAGCACCAGUAUCGUGGAGAUUGGUGCAAUGAUCAUUUUUUGCAUGUCAAAGGGCUACGAAAGGCUAGAGAAGUCAGAUCCCAGCUGUUGGAUAUUCUCAAAACUCUGAAAAUCCCUUUAACUUCUUGCGGACAUGAUUGGGACGUCAUACGAAAAGCUAUCUGCUCUGCGUAUUUCCACAACGCAGCAAGAUUAAAAGGUGUAGGAGAAUAUGUUAAUUGUAGAAAUGGAAUGCCAUGUCAUCUACACCCAAGUAGUGCUCUAUAUGGUUUAGGCUACACUCCAGAGUAUGUGGUCUAUCAUGAAUUGAUUCUGACAACAAAGGAGUACAUGCAGUGUGCUACUUCAGUGGAGCCCCAGUGGCUGGCUGAACUGGGACCAAUGUUUUUCUCUGUGAAGGAAUCGGAUACAUCCAUGUUGGAGCACAAAAAAAGGCAGAAGGAAGAAAAAACAGCAAUGGAAGAGGAAAUGGAAAAUUUGAGGAAGGAGCAAGCAGAGGCAGAGAGAGAAAGCAAGGAAAGAGAGAAGCAAAAGAGGGCUAAGCAGCAGCAGCAAGUCUCAACUCCAGGGCUGCGGCAAGGCUCUUCCACUUAUUUGAGACCAAAAAAGUUUGGUUUGUAAAUGUCAUAUAUGUUGUAUUAACUAUUGAAUGUUACUCCUAUAGCCACAAUUAGCUAAUGUACAAGAAGGAUAGAGUCGACCCGAGGAGAACAAAAUACAGUGGAAAAUAGAUCUAUAAUUGAUUAUUUGAAGUAAAAUGUGGGAAGUUUUGGUUUU